AUGCUGGGGGAAGUCAUCACAAAGUCUCUGUUUCUCCUGUGGUCCAUGUCCGAGGGCUGUGUGAAUCAGUUGUGGAAGCAGAUCUCGUGGAAGCUCUUGAAAAGUUUGGAACAAUAUGCUAUGUCAUGAUGAUGCCAUUUAAGCGCCAAGCUCUGGUGGAGUUUGAGAACGUAGAAAGUGCGAAGAAGUGUGUGACGUUUGCAGCAGAUGAAGCUGUGUACAUUGCUGGGCAGCAGGCCUUCUUCAACUACUCCACAAGUAAGAGAAUUACUCGGCCAGGGAACACUGAUGACCCGUCUGGUGGAAAUAAAGUUCUCCUGUUGUCAAUUCAGAAUCCUCUCUACCCAAUCACAGUGGAUGUUUUGUAUACUGUGUGCAACCCUGUUGGCAAGGUUCAACGUAUUGUCAUAUUCAAGAGAAAUGGAAUACAAGCCAUGGUUGAGUUUGAAUCAGUGUUUUGUGCCCAGAAGGCGAAGGCUGCACUCAAUGGAGCAGAUAUCUAUGCAGGAUGCUGCACUCUAAAAAUUGAAUAUGCAAGGCCAACUCGACUUAAUGUCAUUAGAAACGACAACGAUAGUUGGGACUACACUAAGCCAUAUCUGGGCCGCCGAGACAGAGGGAAGGGGCGGCAGAGGCAAGCUAUUCUGGGAGAGCACCCAUCAUCGUUUAGACAUGAUGGUUAUGGGUCACAUGGUCCUUUGUUGCCCUUGCCAAGCCGGUACCGAAUGGGAUCUCGGGACACUCCAGAACUUGUUGCUUAUCCAUUGCCCCAGGCAUCCUCUUCUUACAUGCAUGGUGGAAAUCCUUCUGGGUCAGUUGUCAUGGUUAGUGGGUUGCAUCAGCUCAAGAUGAACUGUUCAAGGGUAUUCAACCUGUUCUGCUUAUAUGGAAACAUCGAGAAGGUGAAAUUUAUGAAGACUAUUCCAGGCACGGCACUGGUUGAAAUGGGUGAUGAGUAUGCUGUGGAAAGAGCAGUCACACAUCUCAACAAUGUCAAGUUAUUUGGAAAGAGACUUAAUGUCUGUGUUUCCAAGCAGCAUUCAGUGGUUCCAAGCCAGAUAUUUGAGCUGGAGGAUGGCACCAGUAGUUACAAGGAUUUUGCAAUGAGUAAGAACAAUCGCUUCACCAGUGCUGGCCAAGCAUCUAAGAACAUCAUCCAACCACCCUCCUGUGUGCUGCAUUAUUAUAAUGUUCCCCUAUGUGUAACUGAAGAGACAUUUGUAAAGUUAUGUGAAGAUCAUGAAGUUCUCAGCUUUAUUAAGUACAAAGUGUUUGAUCCAAAACCUUCUGCCAAAACACUGUCUGGUCUGUUGGAAUGGGAAUGUAAGACAGAUGCAGUGGAAGCUCUCACUGUACUUAAUCACUACCAGAUAAGAGUCCCAAAUGGCUCCAACCCAUAUACCUUGAAGCUUUGCUUCUCUACUUCAUCCCAUUUAUAGAGAAGAGGACAGCAUGUUAAGAGCUACGUUCACCUCGAUUUGCAAGUUUAAAACUACACUUCGUUCACAAAGCUCUAAAGUGGUUGUUCUAAUGUUGCCUUGUUUCAACUUAAUUCUAAUAUCUUUUAUCUUGUUUUAUAAUAAAUGGAUGUUCCUUCAUAAAUACAAACCAGAUUUUUUUCUUUUUGCCUCUGAGAAGUACAUGUUGUAAGCUUACUACAAAGUUUGUAUUUUGUUAGUGUCAAAUGCCUAAAGAAGUACCGGUAGUAUAAACAAGG